AUGGCGACGGACGCCUCCCCCCCUCCGCCGCGCAAGAGCCCGGGGCCUCAGCCGGCGGCGGACCCCCCUGAAGGCGCCUCGCCGCUGCCGGCCGGGUACAUCUUCAUGUGCAGCGGCGAGACCAGGCCCGAGUGCUUCAGGUACAGGGUGCUGGGCCUGCCGCGCGGGAGGCUGGACGCCGUCUCCCGGAUCAGGCGCGGCGCCGCGCUCUUCCUCUACGACUUCCACGCCAAGCACCUCUACGGGCCCUACCGCGCCGACUCCGACGGUGGCCUCGCCCUCGAGCCCGCCGCCUUCCAGGGCCGCUACCCUGCCCAGGUCAAAUUUGUGGUUGAUGGUGAUUUCAUGCCUAUCCCAGAGAGUAGCAUAAGAAGUGCCAUAAGAGAGAAUUAUUCCCGUGGGAAAUUUUGGCCUGAACUUACCUUUACGCAAGUUGAGAAACUGAGAGCAUUGUUCCAUCCAAUUACUUCACUGCCAGUGCCAGAGGCACCACCCCUGCAUUAUGUUGACAACAGGCAUCCCGCUCAAUCUGCUGCUUUUCUGCCUCCUUCAGCUUCAUACCCAACACAGCCAACUUCUUAUGUGUAUCACCCAAGCACUUAUGUUCCUACUCCAGCUGCUCAUCUGGUGCCAAAUCAACCAUACCCACGCCCAGAUUCUCACCUUCCAGUGGCUGCUCAAUACACCACACCUGCUUACUAUGCAACCCCAACCGCGUAUCCGUAUCAAGCAGGUUAUCAAGCAUAUGGUCCACCUCCUGCCACCUACCACUACGCCCAAGCGCCUCCUUUGCAAUAUCACUAUGUGCAAGCCCAACACCCUGUGCCAGAACAUGUUACAGACCCUGCCUAUUCCUCUGAUCCCUACUAUACUGCUAAUCGGAAUGAUCCACAUCGAUUUGAUGCUGUGAAAUCUCAUUACCAGGAAACUACAGGGAGAGCUGCCUAUGGUGCACCACUACAUGAAGCAGCCGCGACGAACCUGCAACUCGUCAGGCACUAUGGGUACGCUCCAGGCAGCGAGGGUGCAGCCGGAGGAACCCCACAGCCCAGUGCUGAAGGAGCAGCUCCGGCGACCGACGAUGACUCCUGGCCGCCCGCCCCAGCGACCGACGAUGACUCCUGGCCGCCCGCCCCAGCGACCGACGAUGACUCCUGGCCGCCCGCCCCAGCGACCACACAGGCUGCGCCAUCGGUGCAUGGCGUCGCAGCUGCACCAGCUUACCUGUGA